AUGAGUUUGUCUCGACUAAAGCUGACGUGGCUGUAAAACCCUUUUUAUUGGUUGUUUUUUUAUCAUACAUGGAGGGCCUGCGAGUUGAGUAUUAAUUAAGAACAACUGCUCAGUUUGUUUUUGGUGAUCUCAAGUAUUAUAUAUAUGGUCGUAUCUUCAAGUUUGUGAAGUUUUGCAUUAUUUGUUCGAGCAGUUUCAUAUGUUUUCGAUGGUUAAUUGGCUCAUAUGAACAUUGUUUGUUUCGAAGCAAAACAGUUCAUGCCAAUAAAAUUUCAGGUGAAUUACAAAAAAAAAUAUUAGAACAUUUUGUGUCAAAAAAAAAAAAAAAAGAAAUAUUAGAACUUUAAUUUUAAAAGAAAAUUAAAGGCAAAAUUAAAAUUAAAAGGAAAAUUAAAUUAAUUUACAUGAGAGUUAAGUGGAGUCGAAGAUAAAUAGAAAAAAACAACUUCAAUCUACUUUUCUCAUUGUUUUUCCUUAAUCGUCAUAUCAUCAUAUUCUAAAACAAUAAAAAAUUGUAUUAACAAAAUAUAUAUUAUCUAUUUAUUAGAAGAUUAUGGAAAAUUAAGAUAAUAUUUUUUUAAGAAAUUAAUAAAAACUGUUCUCCUAAUUUUCAAAAAUAAAAUGUAAAUAUAUUAAAAGAUAUAAUCCGCGCACGAAUCUAGUACUUUUAAAGGGUUGCAUGACUUUGGCAUUAGUGUUUCAAUAUAUUUUAGUUAUAAUUAAAGGGCAAUUGUACAAAAGAACACCUUUCAAGUUUAUGUCACAAAAAUGACACCAGGAAAUGAAAGUCACAAAAAUGACAUUCAUUAAAGGGCAAAAUGUCACUACUACCCUUGUGUUAUAAGAAUAAAAAAAAAAACAAAAUUCAUUUCCUUCACUCGCGACUCUUCGAACCAUGUCGUCUCCGGCUCGGGAAUCUUCAAACCCUCACCGGCACUGUCAUCUCCGGCUCGCGAAUCAUCGUCUCUGGCUCGGGAAUCAUCGUCUCCGGCUCGGGAAUCAUCUUCUCCGGCUCGCGAAUCAUCGUCUCCGGCUCGGGAAUCAUCAUCUCUGGCUCGGGAAUCAUCUUCUCCGGCUCACGAAUCAUCGUCUCCGGCUCGGGAAUCAUCGUCUCCGGCUCGCUAAUCAUCUUCUCCGGCUCGCUAAUCAUCUUUUCCGGCUAUCUAAUCAUCAGCGUCACACUCUCUACUCUCAAAAUCGGACACAAAUCACUAUGUAACUUUUUAAAAUUAGGGUUUUUGAAUUAAAAUUUGUGAAGCUUGCGUUUUGAUUUUGAUUUGUUUGUUACUCUUUCUUAUUAACCAGCGAAGCAAAUGAAAGACUUUUGAAUUGUGGGAACACAAAGUUGUUGGAGCAUAAUUCAUCUCUUUGAGGAUAGAAACAAGAUGGGAGAUUCAGUACCUCUAAAACUAGCACUGCCAGAGCUGAAGUAUCCUAUUGGUUCACAGCCAAAGCAAAAGUCAGCAAUCAACCAAUAUUCCGGCUCAGAGUAUAUCUCCAUUGUUGACAGCAUCCUAAAACCAGAUGAGAUGAUAAGAGUCCGAGGAUCAUUUCUGGGACCUAUAAUGAAGCUCAGUGAGAGAGGAUUGAAGUUAUCAGCAAAGAUGGUCUACGCCAUUCUCACUAGAAGCAUCGUUUCUGUCAAGGAGAAUGAAGCCUGGUUCCAUUUCGGUGCGCAGCCAAUGAGGUUCUCUAUAAGAGAAUUUCAUAUGAUGACAGGCUUGAAAUGUAGUGGUGCAUUAGAAGGACCACGAAGGGAAACCGAUAGAUUUAAUUGGGAAUUGCUAAAGGGGCGUAGUCAUAAGUUAAGUGACGUGGUGGAACAGCUCAGAAACACAAGAGAAGAUGCUUCUGAGGAGAGAGUAUGCCUCGCAAUGCUCAUCCUGGUAGAGAGCAUAUUAUUGCGGAAGAGCAAAGGAGGGAGUUUUCCUUUGGAAUAUGCGAAAAAUGCACAGGAUAUGACAUAUCCAUGGGGGAAAGAGGCUUACAUUGUGCUCCUGAAGUCAAUUCAAAACGCUGUCGCGAAUCAUUUGGAGAAUAAAUCCAAAUUUGAGUUGCAAGGUUAUCCUCUAGUAUUCCUUCUUUGGAUACUAGAGUCGAUUCCUUUGCUAAGGAAUAAGUUCAGUAAGUGUGUACCAACAGUUGAGGUUCCUGGGCCGACUUACUUGUGUGAAAAAUACACUGACGUAGAGAAUCCAUCACUUGAUAGGGUUUUACAGGUUGAAGCUGAUACAAAGCUGAAGGUCCAUUGCAUACUACCUUCUAUUCCUCAUGAUCCAGAAGAUGAUAUCUCCAUUGAAGACAAAUAUAGUGACGAGCUGGAAACACUGAAAGAUGUAACAAAGAAAGGGUACAAGCUUACAGCCGAUGACUGGGAAAAUAGGUGUGUAGACACAUUUGAAACAUUGGAUGCUCUUAUUCAAAUGAUGGCAAAUAAGGAGACUGGCCAAGCUUCUACUCCGAUUGAUGAGGAUUCAGUAAAUGAAAAAGUGAACAGGAUCAUUGAGGUAAUGGAGGAGAAUCUGAAGAGCAUGAAGGAUCGAAUGUCAUUACUGGAAGAAGAAAACAUGCAUCUUAGAGCCCGUGUGUCAGAGUUGGAAGGAAACAACAAUGUUUUUCCCACUAACGUGACACAACAGCGAUCCAGUGGGACACCUUUAUCUCCAAUGUCUCACACGCAACCAUCGAGUGAGACGCCUUUAUCUCCAAUGUCUCAACAGCCUAAUUUGACACAUGAGGAGACAAUGAUUGAAUCAGCUGCAUCUCCAAAGUCUCAACAAAAUGAGGAUUACACGCAACCAUCGAGUGAGACGCCUUUAUCUCCAAUGUCUCAACAGCCUAAUUUGACACAUGAGGAGACAAUGAAUGAAUCAGAUGAUGACACUCCUGCCCUUGAUACUCAAGUAUUCUCUCCUAAUCUGACAAAAGAGAAAGAAACAAGUGAGUCACCUGCUGAGAGGCCAUCCAAUCCUAAUCAAGAUGGAAAACCAGAUGAUGAGAUUGUGAGAGAGAAAUUAACAAGGGAGUCACCUGCUGCUCAGAGUCAAGUUUCGCAGAAAGAAACAGUGGAAAUGAAUGAGACACCUUCUUCUCCAAUAGCUCCAAAGAGUAUUGAAACUCCCGUUUAUACUCCAAGUCAGACUCAGCAGAUUGAGAGAGAGCCAUCGGAUGACACGCCUGCCCUUGAUAGUCAAAUUUUCACUCCUAAUCUGACAAAAGAGGUAUAUGCUCAAUGACAGUUGGAGUUUACAAUUAGUUUUGGGUGAUUUACAUAUAUAGACCUUUCUAAUUUUUGGCAGAGGGAAACACAAACCUCUACUGAUGAGACGCCACCCAAAACUAAUCAAGAAGAAGGAAAAACAAAUGAUGAGGUAAUAUUUACUCUAGAAAUUAUAAUUGAAUGUAUUCAUGAUGGCCUUUCCUGAUAUUUUUUGCAGAUUGUGAUUGAGUCACCUGCUGCUCAGACUCAAGUUUCGCAAAAAGAAACACUGGAAAUGAAUGAGACACCUUCUUCUCCAAUAUCUCCAAAGAGUAUUGAGGCUCAAGUUUUUACUCCAAUUCAGAAACAGCAGGUAAAUGCUCAAAAAAUCUUGGAGAUUUCAAGUAAUGUUUGGAAGCUUUUGUACGUGUUUUUGAUCCCCUUCCUGACUUUUUUUGUUUUUUUUGCAGACGGUAACAGAGGGAACGUAUGAGGCUACACAACCAUUGACUGAGAUCAUUUCAGCAAACAAUAAAAAGGUAAGCAUAGAAAUGUCUUUCAUAAGUACAACUUGAAUUUUAAAUUGUAGAAACUUCUUCAUAACUACCUCUUUUAUUUUAUUGUUAUUACAGGAGGAUACACAUGCUGUGCAUCACACACCUUCCUCUCCAUUGUCUUCACUAAUUGCACUAGUUAUUGAAGAAAAUAAGAAUGCUUUGGUAAGAAGAAAUAUUUAAAAUGUUUAUGUAAUAUUUUUCUAUUCAACUAACUCUUACCAUUUACUUUUGUCUUAUAGAGUGAGACAGAAACUGCGACCCAAUAUUUUUCUCCAAGUGAGGGAGAGGAGACACAAUCAAGCAGAAAGAAUCAAGCAGAAGAAAAUCUCAAGGAUACUACAAAACAUACAACUGAGCUAGUUUCCACAGAUGUUUCGAAGACACAGCCUCUUACACAGCCUCUUACACAGCCUCUUACUCAGCAAACACAGCACCUUCAGACAAGUGAGGGAGAGCAAUCCGAUGAGACACCAUCAGAGCAGAAUCAAGCAGAAGAAAAUCUCAAGGAUACUACAGAACCUACUACUGAGCUAGUUUCCACAGAGCCUACUACUGAACCUACUACUGAGCAUGUUUCGAAGAUACCGCCUAUUACUCAGAAAA